GUGUGAUCUUUUAUGACUUGAGUCAGAUUCAGUCAAGUUUGACAUUCGCGCUAUCAGCGAUAUGCUCUUAACAUUAUUUUAAUCUAAAUAAAUAAUUAAUUAAAUGACUUGAGUCUAUUAAAUGCUGAUUGUUUAAUAAGUGUUAAGUAAACAAUGGCAUCAAUUGAAGAUAGUUGGAAAGAAGCAACUGAGGCAUUAGAUAAUGAUGCUUCUAACAUGUGGUUUGAUAAAUUAAAAGAAGCUUAUUCGGAAGAGAAAAGAACUUAUCAUAACUUAGAUAUGCUUUGCGAGAAGUUGAGUCAUUAUCAUGAGAUAAAAAAUAAUUUGAAGAAUCCGCAAGCUUUACUUCUUGCAUUGUUUUUUCAAAACUUUGAGUAUGAUCCAAAAGUCAUAGAUGAAGAAAUUAAGAAUUUAGAACAUUUCAAUGCAUUUGCUGAAGAAGCCGGUAUUACCGUGGAUUCAGAAUUAAGAGAAGAAACAUGCGCUUUACUUAAGGUUGUUGCCACGCAUAGUACGGAAGCUCAUAAAGUUGGAGGUGCAUUUGGUAGUGAAGAUGCUCAUUACUUUCUAGAUUUAGAUAUGGCUGUUUUAGGCUCUCCGCCUGAAAAUUAUGCAGAGUAUAGUGGAAAAAUUCGUGGAGAAUAUGCUUUUUUGAGUGAACCUAUGUACACUGCUUUGCGAUUAAAGGUGUUACAAAAUUUUGUACAAAUUCCGAAUAUUUUUGCAACAAAAGAGUUUCGAGAAAAAUUCGAAGCACAGGCACGAGAAAAUAUACAAGCUGAAAUAGAAUUGUUAUCUUAAACUUCUACAGAAAUCAGAAAAUAUGUUGAGUAUGCCAAAGUUCAAUGUUAUGAACAUUUUAUGGUCCAGGUAUAUUUUCAAUCUAAUUUAAGAUGAAAAAAUAUCUUGGAAAAAAAAUCUAAAAGUUUAACUUUUAUUAAUAUUAACAUAUAUCUGUAAAUAAUAUUUCUCUCAUGAUAUUAAAGUACACGGAAAAGAUU